GCGUAUCAAAUAACGCUUCAGUUAGCUCAUGCUUCUCCGGCUCUGCGAAAUUAAAUUAACAGAAUCCCAUUCAAAAUAAGCAUUGGUGAGCCAGCCAGUCAGGCAGACGACAAAACUAAUUUCACAAGCCACACUAAGAACCGACCGAGACAGAGAGACAGAUAGUCAUCGUCAUUCUCAACGUCGUCGCUUUGGCUGCCUCUGUUACUUUUAUCUGUCGUUGAGGAUUUUGCAUUCCUUCAGAAAUGGCGGAUCAAUACACGUGGGGACUGAUCUUCGGGUUGGUGCUAGGCCUGGUCGCCUUGUAUAACUUGGGGCUCUUUACCUUGUAUAAUUUUGUUAUGAAAACUAGGACAGAUUCGUCGGAUACUACAAGUGAUUGCUUGACGAGUAACUCCGUUGUUAACCAAGAAUGCGAAUCCGAUCAUUUUGCCGACACUGACGUCAUCAUUGUCGGUGCUGGCGUUGCUGGCGCCGCCCUGGCUCACACUCUUGGCAAGGAUGGCCGGCGAGUGCAUGUGAUUGAAAGAGAUUUGUCUGAACCUGACCGAAUCGUUGGUGAAUUGCUACAGCCAGGGGGCUACCUCAAAUUAGUUGAAUUAGGUCUUCAAGAUUGUUUGGAGGAGAUUGAUGCUCAGCGAGUUUUUGGUUAUGCUCUUUUCAAGGAUGGAAAAAAUACUAUAAUACCGUAUCCAUUAGAAAACUUUCACUCGGAUGUUGCAGGUAGAAGCUUUCACAAUGGGCGUUUCAUACAGAGGUUGAGGGAGAAAGCUGCAUCCCUUCCAAAUGUGCAAUUGCAGCAAGGAACGGUAACUUCACUGAUUGAAGAAAAAGGGACUAUUAAAGGUGUGCAGUACAAGACUGAACGUGGCCAAGAAUUGACAGCUUUUGCUCCUCUGACAAUUGUCUGUGAUGGCUGCUUUUCGAACUUGCGUCGCUCCCUUUGCAACUCUAAGGUUGAUGUGCCGUCUUGUUUUGUUGGUUUGGUUCUAGAAGAUUGCAAACUUCCAUAUGCGAAUCAUGGGCAUGUUAUAUUGGCUGACCCUUCCCCGGUUUUGUUUUAUCCUAUAAGUAGCAAUGAGGUUCGUUGCCUGGUUGAUGUACCUGGUCUAAGGGUUCCUUCCAUUUCAAGUGGUGAAAUGGCAAAUUAUUUGAAAACGGUGGUGGGGCCUCAGGUUCCCCCUGAAAUCUACAAUUCCUUUGUAGCUGCUGUAGACAAAAGAAACAUCAGGACAAUGCCAAAUAGAAGCAUGCCAGCUGCUCCCUAUCCUACUCCUGGAGCCCUUUUGAUGGGGGAUGCAUUCAACAUGCGCCAUCCUUUAACCGGGGGAGGAAUGACAGUAGCUCUGUCUGAUAUUGUCGUCCUGCGUGACCUUCUCAAGCCUUUACAUGAUCUGAAUAAUGCAUCAGUACUCUGCAAUUACCUUGAAUCCUUUUACACUUUGCGUAAACCAGUUGCAUCUACGAUCAAUACAUUGGCUGGUGCCCUGUACAAAGUGUUUUGUGCUUCACCUGAUGAAGCAAGGAAGGAAAUGCGUGAGGCAUGCUUUGACUAUCUUAGUCUUGGAGGCAUAUGUGCAUCAGGACCAGUCUCUCUGCUCUCUGGUCUAAAUCCUCGUCCAUGGAGCCUGGUUUUCCAUUUCUUCGCUGUUGCAAUUUAUGGUGUUGGUCACUUGUUAUUGCCAUUUCCUUCACCUUAUCGCAUUUGGCUUGGAGCCAGAAUAAUUUCAGGUGCAUCAGGAAUUAUCUUUCCUAUCAUAAGGGCAGAAGGUGUUAGGCAAAUGUUCUUCCCUGCAAGUGUUCCGGCAUAUUACAGAGCUCCUCCUGUUAGCAGAUAGCUGAUUAGAAUCCACCAAAAACGAAAAAACACUUCCCUUUUUUUCUAGUUAUGAAGGAGGUGAAAAGCCUCAAGAAGAUGCUGUUUGUGCGUUAGUAAACAUUGCUGUGUAGAAUUUGUAUGUUUAGGGUGCUAAUGCAAACUUGUAAUCACAAUCAAUUUUACUUGCUCUGAGGACUUUAUUCUUCUCUUUACCCAAAAGCCUUGUUAAAUGAAGUUUAAUUUUAGAGUUGAGUUGGGAUUU